AUGAGAUCAACAAUUCUAUUAGUUACUUUAUUCGUUAUUAUUUCAACUUUGUUUAGUCAUUCAAAUGGACAAAAGGGAUGUGUAAAGUUACCAUCUGGAAAGAAUAGUACAAUGCCACAAAUGAAUUCUGUUUGUUUUGUAGUUCCAGUAUCUUCUGGAUCAUCGGGAGCAACAACAUUCAACUACAACAUUGAUAUUGAUUCUAAUGACUUUUAUGGCAUCUAUGUUGGAACUACUACAUCCAAGAAUAACAAAUGCAACAACAACAAUUUCAACCCAAUUGACAAAGGUUUAGGUCCCGGUCAUGUUAAUGUUAACAGUACCUCUGAACCUCUUCCAAAGGGGUCUCGUGCAGCCUAUAUGAUUGCUUGUGACAAUCAAACACAACCAUGCAACAUUGAAAUUGUUGGUGGUACAGUUUGUUACCAAUAA